AGAACAAGUUCGAAGUCAAGUCACACACAAAAAAACAUGGCGGCCCGCACACGGCUGCCCUUGCUGUUCCCUAAAAAACUGCCUCCGCUAAGAAACCAACGGUUUGCCCACGCGGAGGCUGCGUUGAAGGAGCCCGCGUAUCCCUCCGUCGUCGCCUCCCUCACGGCUAAAAGCAAAUCUGCCCGGUUGCGACAGGUUGAGGAGCAGGUCAAGAAGAUAUGCGACUCUCCCGUGGAGGAGAAGCUCUCCCUCAUCACUCGCAUCCAGCGGAAGAAGUUUGUGGUUUACCCUCAGACUUUCGCCCGGAACGCAGACAGGUGGUACCAGCACUUCACCAAGACCGCGUAUAUCCCGGGCCUGCCGGAGAAGUUCACCCCGGGCCCGGAGAGGAAGACCGAGGGCGAGGAGAGCUCUCCGCCAGCCGCCGCUCACACCACAGUACCGGGGGUUGACCGCGAUGCGUUCGCGGACAUCCGCUCCUUGGUCUCUCGUGUUAUUCUACAGGAGCACUGGCACCUGAAGAAACGCAAAGCGUUCCUGUACAGAGAGCAGGAGCAGAUGGUCGGACCUUUUCUGAGAUGCCUGGUAACCGGACUCUCCCACAGUUUGGCCCAAUACAACCCGCUGCUGCGCCUCUCCAGUCUGGAUAUUGCUCCCCGUGUCAACUUUUAUUGGAGGAGAGGACAGAGAAUCAUCCCAAAGGGUCACCGAAGAGGUCGACUGGAGCCAACCAGGUUCCAGAUCGAUGACCAACCACAGUGUCAGAUCAGGAUAACUCAACAGCUGCAACAGUUUGCCCCGCUGGAGGCUUCUUACGCAGAGGAAGUUCCAGAGGUCACGUACGCUCCUAACCUGAUGCCUCUGUUCAAAAGGCAGUAUGACAACCACAUCUUUACAGGUGCCAAGCUCCCAGACCCGGCAUGCUACGGUCACACUCAGUUCCACCUGGUGCCCGACCGGUACCACAGAGACCGGAUGGCUCGGAAGCAGCAGUCUGAUCAGGUGGAGGUCUUCCUCAGAGCCAAUGCACUCGCCAGCCUGUUCGCCUGGACAGGAGCUCAGGCCAUGUACCAGGGUUUCUGGAACCACGAGGACCUCACCAGGCCUUUCGCGUCGCAGGCUGUGAUCACAGACGGAGAGUUCUUCUCCUUCUUCUGCUACCAGCUCAACACGGUGGCCCUCUCUGUGGAGACGGACGGCGACAACCCCAGGAAGAACCUCCUGUGGGGCACCGAGAGCCUGCGACUGUACGAGAGCGUGCAGGACGGAGCGGUAGUCGGUCUGAACGACGACGUCGUCAAGCUCCUGGUUCAGUUCCUCCUGAACCAGCCGUGAGAGUUUCGUCACGUCUCUGUCUGAGGCCAAGAAAUGCCUCCGAGACCUCAAGAGGAAGAGCUUUCAAAGAGCCCAACGUGGCGGACAUGAGGACGUUUGUCAGAUUGUAUAAAAUGUAAUGUGAAGCAUUCUCAUGAGUAUGAAAACUGACUGAGUAUUAUUAAUGUGCAGACUGUAGCCUAUUUAUGCAAAAAUAAAAUCACGCUUUUCAAAUUGACA